GUCACUUCCUCUGAAUUCUCUUAAAUGUUUUUGGAGCCAGCCUCUUAGUCGUUUACACUUUUUUGGGCGUGAUAGGUUUUAAUUUGAACGUGGCUCCCAUCGAAAUGGUCUCAAAUUAAGAUAAAUUAAUACAACUAUCUAUAAGAUGGUCUGUUGCUACGUUAGCUCGCUAAUUAAGCAACAAUUGAAUCACGACACAACAGCUAAUUAGCUAGCGAAUUUAGCUAGCUUUUGCCAAAGCUGCUACGUAGCUAGCGCAACAACACUGCUAAAACUUGGAGACGUUAGUUAGCUACCCAAUCUAGUUUGAUGGAGUGCCCUCAUUUGAACUCCAAUGUUUGCAUUACUAUAGAUUCCUCAAGCUUCCCCCAUGGUUCCCCAUCUUCCUGGUGUUGCAGCGUUUGCAGGUCAAACAAAAGUCCCUGGGUAUGUCUCACCUGUCUCCAUGUGCAUUGUGGGAGGUAUGUGAAUGCUCACGCUAAGCAGCACUAUGAGGACGGUCAGGUGACGGGAGGUGGUGGGCAGAAGAGAUGUGAGGAGGCGGAGAAGAAUGCUCAGCACCUGGUCUGUAUGGACUGUAGCAGCUACAGUCUCUUCUGUUACAGGUGUGAUGACUUUGUAGUGAACGACACCAAGCUAGGACAUGUGCAGAAGGUGAGAGAGCAUCUACGGAGUCUGGAGAACUCUCCGCUGGCUGUUGACAGACGGACCAAGAGGAAACUCCUGGAAAGCAGCUCUCCUACCAGUAAACUGUUGAAGGACAAUGGUGGGGCCUCCGCUCUCUCUGCCAUGGGAUUACGUAACCUAGGCAACACAUGCUUUAUGAACGCCAUCCUGCAGUCUCUCAGCAACAUCCAUCAGUUCAGCUGUUAUUUCAUGGAGCUGCCAGCGGUGGCGCUGCGGAGCGGGAAGACUGCAGGCCGACGGAUGUACCACACCCGCAGCCAGGGGGACACCAGUGUGUCCUUGGUGGAGGAGUUGAGGAAGACCCUGUGUUAUCUGUGGCAGGGUGGCCCAACAGCCUUCAGCCCCGACUCUUUGUUCUACGUUGUCUGGAAAAUCAUGCCCAGCUUCAGGGGGUACCAGCAGCAGGAUGCCCAUGAGUUCAUGCGUUACCUGUUGGACCAUCUCCAUAGAGAACUACAGGGCGGUCUGAACGGAGCCAAGCACCCCGCUCUCCCCGUUCCACCGGAUUCUGUAGCGGGAGACGACCCUCCUCUGUCACCGGACGGGCUCCCGUUACCGCAGGACGAGGGGAAAACCACGGGGGGGAAAUGCUGCAUAAACGGCAGUUCUACCGUGGUCACGUCUAUAUUUGGCGGCGUCCUGCAGAAUGAGGUCAACUGCCUGAUCUGUGGGACUGAGUCUAGAAAGCUUGACCCUUUCCUUGAUCUGUCCCUGGAUAUUCCCAGUCAGUUCAGACACAAGAGAACCAAGGACCAAGAGCCUGGUCCUACCUGCACGUUACGAGACUGCCUGUGUAGCUUCACUGACCUGGAGCAACUGGACCAGACAGAGCUCUAUAUGUGCCACAGGUGUAAGAAGAGACAGAAAUCCACCAAGAAGUUCUGGGUCCAGAAGCUGCCCAAGGUGUUGUGUCUGCACCUGAAGAGGUUCCACUGGACCUCCUACCUGAGGAACAAAGUUACCACCUAUGUCGAGUUCCCUCUACGAGGCCUGGACAUGAGGGGGUAUUUACUACAGCCAGAGGAGGCGUUGCCUGACCGGUGGCUGUAUGACCUGGUAGCUGUGGUGGUGCAUCAUGGGUCAGGGGUUGGAUCGGGACAUUACACAGCGUACGGCAAACGGGAGGGUCGCUGGUACCACUUCAACGACAGCACGGUGACUCUGACCGAGGAGGAGACGGUGGUUAAAGCCAAGGCUUACAUUCUUUUCUACACAGAGAGACCUGACAAAACUACACCUGAGACUGACCGCAGGCUUUAACCUGAACACUGUUCCUGACCCCAGACUGUUCCUGACCCCAGACUGUUCCUGACCCCAGACUGUUCCUGACCCCAGACUGUUCCUGACCCCAGACUGUUCCUGACCCCAGACUGUUCCUGACCCCAGACUGUUCCUGACCCCAGACUGUUCCUGACCCCAGACUGUUCCUGACCCCAGACUGUUCCUGACCCCAGACUGUUCCUGGCCCCAGACUGUUCCUGGCCCCAGACUGUUCCUGGCCCCAGACUGUUCCUGGCCCCAGACUGUUCCUGGCCCCAGACUGUUCCUGGCCCCAGACUGUUCCUGGCCCCAGACUGUUCCUGGCCCCAGACUGUUCCUGAUCCCAGACUGACUACAGACUGUUCCUGACCCCAGACUGUUCCUGACCCCAGACUGACUACAGACUGUUCCUGACCCCAGACUGACUACAGACUGUUCCUGACCCCAGACUGUUCCUGACCCCAGACUGUUCCUGGCCCCAGACUGUUCCUGGCCCCAGACUGUUCCUGGCCCCAGACUGACUACAGACUGUUCCUGGCCCCAGACUGACUACAGACUGUUCCUGACCCCAGACUGACUACAGACUGUUCCUGACCCCAGACUGACUACAGACUGUUCCUGACCCCAGACUGACUACAGACUGUUCCUGACCCCAGACUGACUCCAGACUACAGACUGUUCCUGA